CAUUGCUUCGUUAACAACCGAAGUGACACACCACCAUACACCAUGAAAGCCUUCGUCGCGUGCAUAGCCCUUGCGCUGGUCUCCUGCGCCUACGCUGAAGCUCCCGGUGGCUACAACUACAACCGUCCCUCCGGUGGUGGAGGCUUCAGCGGUGGAUUCAGCGGCGGCCUCAGCGGCGGCGGUAGCUACCAAGCCGUUUCCUCGGGCUACCAGACCUCAGAAGGCCAGAACGUCGACCCUCAACUCCUCGAACAAAUCCGUCAGAUCCUCCUUAAAGAAGAAGCCUCAUCCUCAUCUCACGGUGGCAGCGCUCCUUCCUCAUCUUACGGAGCACCUUCAUCAUCCUAUGGCGUACCCUCAACUAGCUACGGUGUCCCGUCUGCCCGUGUUGUAGGACUCCAGCUUGAAGGUGUCCGUCAGGCCAUCCAGGUCGCUCAAUACGAACAAAGCGGCCACGGAUCUGGUGGUUCCGGUGGAUACCCCGGCCGCGUCCCCUCCGGUAGCUACGGCGCUCCUUACUAAGACGGAAUUCAAGCCCGGACCGAUAUUUGAUAUUCAAUUUGAAGCAAGAAAUCAACUAUGAUAAACAUGAAAAAAAAACCACUUCGAUUAAGGACGUUGAUUGUCAAAUGCCAAGUCACCACGAAUGGUUCGGGCAUCCGAUUAUUCGGUUGAAUUCGCAACAUUCUCGAGGACAGCCGAAUGUUUUAACCAAUGGGCCGGCAGCCACGUACAAUGUAGGUGAUGCCGGCGGCCGCUGCUUGUCAACUCUUCGGCCAACGCUUGCGACUGUGCACGCACUCGGGUGGGAACGUCGCGGUGGCUAGCCAGUCGCUUGUAUUUGACAAGUGUCAAAGCUGUCAACCUGACAGUUUGAGCACUUGUCAAAACAGAAACGAAAGGUGAAGUGGCUCGCCACCGGGCGUUACUCAUGUCUUGUAAAAAGUAUACAUUAAGUAUAGAAUAAUUUUUGUAUUAUAUUAUGUUUUUUAAUGUUAUUAUUUACAAAAAAAUAAAUACAUUUUGACACCGUUA